AUGCCCAAAUCCCACACUCCCACGCUUGUGGUGUACGGCUCGACGAGCUACACGGCUCAGCAGCACCUGCUGCCAUACCUCGCGUCGCACCCGGACGCGGACGCGUUCCACCUCAUUCUGGCGGGCCGGAGCGCGGAGAAGCUCGCUGCCGUCGACGCCCUCCUUCCGAAGCGCGAGCGGGAGAUUGUGGCUGUCAAGCUCAAUGACCAGGGCGGUGUUGAGUCGCUUUGCAAGCGUGCGGACGUGGUUCUCAAUCUCGCCGGCCCAUACCAGCUACACAAUGCGACGGCACUCAUCAGCGCGUGCGUCAAGCACAGCACUCACUACCUCGACCUCUGCGGCGAGCCCAACUUCCUCGCCCGCAUCGUACCCAACUACGACUUUGCUGCGAGCAAGACUGGUGCGGUGAUCAUCCCGAUGUGCGGGUUCGAGGCGGCACCAGGCGACCUGAACAUUUACCACGCUCUGCGCACGCUGCAGGCACACGCCGGUCGCGAAACAACCAUCGCAGCUGCUACUAACUUCUACGACAUCGCGGGCGGCGUUUCGGGCGGCACGAUGGCGAGUAUCGCUGCCUCGUCCGUCAGCGGGGAUAAAAUGGAGGGCGAGUGGUGCCUUGUCCCGAAGAGCUGGAGCGGGCACCAGCCCGAGCACCCGUCACUGCAGCUCGCCUUGCGUCCGCCCGUCCAGGUCGCCGGUGCGCCGAGCAUUGGCGGCUGGUUCCCCGGCUCGAUGCUCAACGUCAUGACCUUCCGUCGCUCGUGGUUCCUCUCGCGCAUGUCACCGGUCGUGUACAACGAGGCCCCCGAGGCCGCCAAGGCCGACCAAUACAAGGAGCCGCGUCACGGCGACGACGCUGUCUUCGCCGAGGCCAUGACCUACAUGGCCCCCCUUCGUGUGACGGGCCUCCUCACAGCGUACCUGUACGGCGGCCUCCUUCUCCUCUUCCUAGGAUUGUACUCAAGCGCUGCGUGGAUGCGCGACGCGCUUGCCCAGUGGAUCCCGCAGCCAGGCGAGGGACCCACUAAGGAGGAGUGCGAGCGCGGCCACACCCGCAUCACGACCGUCUCGCGCUCCAACGACGGCCGCUACGCCGUUAUCACCAAGUACGCCGCCGGCGGUGACCCCGGCUACUCGCACACGGGCAAGCUGCUCGCCGAGGCGGGUCUCUCGCUCCUCCUCCCUCCGCCUGAGGGUACCGAGCUCCCGGCCCUCGCCCGCACUGGCGGCUUCCUCACGCCGUCGACGGGCCUGGGAAUGGUCGUCAUUGAGCGUAUGCGUCGUAACGGCAUCGCGACCGUCGACAGUGAAGUGGUCGAGCUCGGCCGCCCUGGUGAGCACAAGAAGCAGCUUUAG